AUGGCGAUUCCUAUCUGCAAUCCUCAAACGACUGUUGUCGUUGUUGUUGAUGACGUUGCUGUUUAUCGGCCAAAGUGUCCUGUAAUUAAGAUGUUGGAGGGUAGACCAAAAUUCUGUGUAAGUGUAAUUAAAAAGAAAGAGGACUCAAAUUUUAGAAAAUGCAAAGUUCAAUACAACUUUUAUGCAUAUUCUGCCCCAGCACCAGUCGCUGUCCCAGAUCAAGUUGCACAGUCGUUAUUAUCAUCGGCAGCGGAAUACCCUGGUUACAGCUAUUAUAUCCCAUAUGGGUAUCAAGCAACGUAUGAACAACCACAGAUACAACAACCACAUAUACAACAACCACAGAUACAACAACCACAGUAUCCGUCAGCAACACCGUCUCCAGCAAUUUCAUCAUUUGAUGGUCAUGCUGAAAACAGUGUCAAUGGCUUAGACAGUUCUUUCGCGUCUCCGUAUAGUAGUAACAUUGGUGACUCAAGCAUUCAAAAGCCAUAUCCGCAUCAAGAAGUACAACCAUUUACUGGAGAAGGAUUAGAAAAUAAUGAAAAUUCUAAUGUGUUUAUGGUUAGCGGUGUUGUGAAUGGUGUUCCAGACAAAGCUUCUACUGUGAAACCCCUUGUGUCACCUUCAGGAGAAAAUAGCAAAACUACAUCUUCUUUUGAGAGCCCACCGGCCACUUUUGUUGAAAACAGCGGAUACGAUACUCGUUUCUCACAAUAUGAAAAGGAAAGUGAUUUUAAAAACACCGUACUGCAUCUUAAUUCGCAUGAGAAGACUUCAGUUCUCAACGACAAUGAUGACUCUGCUGCUCAAAAUAAAAAUGUUCGCACCUCUGAGGCUCAUCAGAACAGCUAUGCUUCUGAAGCUGACGAUUCUUCAGUCGACAGAAAACCACUUGAGGAAAGGUUUGCUGAAUCUGAUAAAGUCGGCAACAAAUCUUCUGAAAUGAAGAACAAUAUCAUUCAGUCAAAUAUCUUCAAAUUUGACAAAGCUAAAAAUUCUAAUCAAUAUGCUGAAAUCGCCUCUCACCCAAAGAUUCCUCAAAGACCUGAAAAUAGUGAAGAACCUACUGCCAGAGAGGGAAUAAAUGAGUUGAAGCUACAGACACGAGUUCCUUCAAACUUCAGAAUGAUAGAACAGAACGCAUUGGAAGAACGACAGAUUCUUGCUUCCCGUAAACAUGAGGAAGUGAAACAUUCUGGAAGCACAAAAGCGGAUGAAGAGCAGGACGCGGAAGACUGCGAUCCUAUAAUGAGUGAUAUUGAAGCAGAGAAAGAGCGACAUACUCCUUACGUUACAUAUUAUCAUCAGGCUUGUUUGGGGAAGGUACUCGGAGAGGCGCACAAUGAAAGUAUUGUAUCUGCAGCAAGAAAAUGUGCAUUACUUGAUUGUAACGCGGCAAAUGCUGUUGCUGUCGGUGACGGGCAUUAUAAUGUGGUGUUCCUGAAAUAUGUUGAAGGCAGAGUUCAAAGGCCUGGAACCUACUGUAUUUCAGUGCAAAGUCAGCUCAGUCAACAUUCUGACCAUUGGACCAAAGCUCCAUUAAAGGGCAUUAGUUUUGAAAAAGCCGAAAAACCAUUCAAAUAUCCGGUACCGUCUCGGAUCAGAAGACUUCGGCAGUUUGCAGAAAAACUGAGAAGUCGACUGUAA